GCGCGCGGCGGGGCCAGGAAUCGUGGAGGAAGGAAGCUUCGCUGGCCAGUCGGUCCAAGGCUCCACCUGCAGCCACACCGCGUAGGUUCUCCCUCUCUCCGCCUCGCUCGCUCGCAUUCACACACAUACACCACAGCUCUCCUUUGGGUCGGAGAAGACGCCAGCCAAAGAAGGCGGGGUUGCAGGAGGAGAGUCCGCUCUGCGCAAUCCAGUCCGGGACUUGGCUCCGCCCGGGAGCGACGGCCUCUCCGGGGAAAGACGAGUAGUGAGCGGCAAGGGGUGAGGCUGCAGCCAACUCCGCUCCCCGCGCACUCGGCUGCCCAGGCGCUCGGGACGCAGCAGCGACGCUUCUCCGCGGGGCCGACCGCCCGCGAUGCCCGCUUAGGAGCAGCGGCAGCGGCCAGCAUCUCCACACCCGCAGCAUAGCGCGCCAGGGCGCUGAGCGGGGCUACAGCGUGCACCCCUGCCCCAGCCCCCACCCUGCCCCCCACCCUGAAAUGACUUGUUAAUCGGCGCAGACACCACCGAAGGGACUCACCGGAGUGGAAUCCAAGUGGAAUUUGGAUUUGGAGAAGAGUUUCUUGAACAUUUACUCCUUCCUUGUUGGUUUUUUCCUUCUUUUUUCCUCUCCCCUUCUGUGUCUGUCAUUGGAGAUGAACACAGCACGUUUGCAUCCCAGAAAGUAGUCGCCGCGACUGUUACCCCCAAAGAGACAAGCACACAUGUAGGAAUGACAAAGGCUUGCAAAGGAGAGAGCACAGCUCGCGGCCCGGAGAGAUCCCCUCGAUAAUGGAUUACUAAAUGGGAUACACGCUGUACCAGCCCGCUCCGAGCCCCGGCCGUCUGCCCGUCGAUGCACCGAAAAGUGUAAAGCCCCAGGUCAACCUAAGGUGCCAUCCUUACUGUGAGAUGCAGAGCACCUGGGCGCUGUGGACGGUCUGCGGACUGCAGUGCACAGCGAUGUGUGCUGGGCGCGUGCUGCCGGGGCCUUCAGAAGCUGGUCACUGGACAACAUCUCUCCUUGGGCAUCGCCUUUGCUUUUGCUGUGAUUGAGUAGAGCCAUUUAAAGGCACAGUUUCAAGCCCGCAGAGCCUGACACGGGGCUCUCUAUAUCAUUAGAUGUUGUUAACAUUAGCACUUUUAGAGUAUUAUUUCACAGACGUGGUUUCAAGUUCAGGAGCUAAAAGGUGGAGUAAUGGUGUCAGAUAACCUCGGAGAGAAUCAUUCUCUUGGUAAUCUCUCCUUUCUUAAAAUAAUCCAGACAUUGCUGACUGUGAAAUUUGUGACUAACCUUCAGUAGAUGUUUAUUUUGCUUUUAAAAUAAAACCAAGGACGCUUAGAAGUAGUCAUAAAAGGAAAUAUUAUGGAAAUUAAUGACCUGGAAUAAUUGAAGGAUAUUUAUAGCAUUCAUAUUUUAAAAUAACAAUGGCUUAAAAUGCUGCUUAAAUAAUAAACUCUUUAGCCACCAAUGCUUUUCCAUUCAAACCGUAAAGGAAUGCAGUUCCUUAUUUUCUAUUUGUCCAAGGUUAGGAUCCAUCACUGACUUAACCAUGAUCUGAAGAUGCUCAAUUAGAAGGCCCAUGAGCAAUGGAACCAGUUACAGCCAGUUGACUUAAACGUGUGCUAUCACCAGUCCUAAAAGUAGCCUGGCCUUUGGCAGAGAGGUGUUUGUGAUGGGCAUGAAUAUUGGUUGAGCAUUCUGAUUAUUGUUUGUAUACUAUUAAAUGCUCUGAAAAUUUAUAAUUUAUACACGGAUUGAAUGAUAUAGGGGAACACUGUCUUGUGAAUUUUGCAUAAAUGGUACCCUGCAUUCCUGUUGGUACUAGAAAACUACUCACAUGGCACCUUCUGUUAACAAUAAUUGGACAUUUAUGCUUCCUUAGAAGAUAAGAGUGUAAUUUCUCAUUUAUUAUAAAUAAAAUCAUUUUUAUUUCUUGUCUCUGGUUUCCAUCUCUGUUUACAUUUUGUUUCUCUGGUCACUGUUGGCAGAGGUGAAGAAAAUUAACUUCCCUAACCCUCCAUCAGAGGAUGGGUAACAAUGGGUGACUGCGGUUUCCAGCGGGAGUUAUCCCCAUGCCAGCCCCCAUCCUUUUCCUCCCCCAGAAAGCAAAUGUUAUGAGCGUUUCAUGAUAGUCUAGUCUUCUCCAAAGAUAAACGUAAUCACCAAGAUCCUACUGCCUCUUAUCUCUCUUCAGGUUUUAGCCUGAAUUGUGUUCUAGUAUCUGAGGUCUCCAUAUGCUAUGGGAUGGUGCAAAACAGAAUUUAUCCCAUUAUUGAGGCUAACUUCUCAGACUCCAAGAGAAAUUUUUCUUUCUUGAUUCAGUCCUCUUUUGGUAGAGGCCUAUAAAGUAACCUCUUAGGAGAUUCUUGGCUAUAUUCAGGGAAUUUAAUAUGUGAUUUGUUUCCCCUGAAUUUUCAGAGACAUCUAAGAGAUGAUUUAUGAGGUCCGUUUUGCUGUUUGCUUAUGCUAAUAUUUAUUUUUUUAAUUGAUUCUUUGAGAGCCUGAAAAGUGGUUAGUUAGUCUUCCCAUCAGCUAGCUCUGAAAACCUUUAAACUAUAUCUAAGAUCAUGCUUUAGUUAUUGUACACUUCUUUCUAGAAGUAAAAAUUGUAGACAGAGAAGACCAGGCCUGUCCCAUUAUUCCUUUAGUUUCCAAGGCAGCAUUCAUGUAAGAACAGUUUAAAAUGUUUUUGGACAAUGACGAAACCCUUUUCGUUGUCCAUUACGGCUUACAGGAUGGAAUUGUGCAGAGCAGUACUGUUUUCAGGUGAAUUGAAGCUCUACAGGCAAAGAGAAUGAAGUUGUCUUCUUAUAUCUUUUGUUACCUUGGUGUAAUCUGAAGGCAAGCUCGUUUGUCCCUGGCCCCGGUUUUCCCAUUGAAAAGGGGACUUUUGGAAACAUAUGGUAAAACCUUCCAACUGAAGAAGUAGUGAAAAAUAUAUUAUUUAAACACAACAGUAGCUUUUGCGUGGUAUACACCAUUAUAUUUAUAGACUAUAAAUUGAAAAGAACUUUGAAUAUAAUGUGAAUAGUGGGAGGUCUGUUUUAUAAUUCUUGACCAUCAAAAACCCCAAGAUGUAUUAGCAGCCCAUGGCGACCCUCGGGAACCCAUUUUCAAAGUUGUCUGUAUAGAAUGACAUGCACAGUUUCUGUCCUCCACGGCAGGGGCUUGAAACUUUCCUCCAUAUACCACCCUAAAGCGAAUUUUCUGCUCCAGUGUGACAAGAAAUGUGAUAUUCACUGAAACGCACCAUGAGUCUUGAGAACCAUUGUUGAGCUGACUUGGCCAUGGCAGCUAAAUGGACAGUAUCGAGAGUGUGCCAGUCCUCCCUGGAAGCAAGAAUUAAGGUCCAUAAAUCAAAUCUCAAGUACGGAAAAGAAAGAAAGAAAAGAAAGCUGUCAAGGAGGGUGAAAGCAUCAUAACUGGCCCUCACUGUUCUGUAGUGCCCAGCUGUGUUGAUACCCACAGAGCUUUGGAACCAAUUCAAGACCGAUCAACCCAAAACUAGACAAUAAAGUUCCAGGGCUGCCAGACAUCCCUGUCUGCAGGUGUUAGUGUAAGUGAUAGGGUAGAUGGUCUUCCACAAGAACCGUGAUGGCCCCGGGGCCAGUCUGCCAGCACAAAAUGUAUGUCCAGUGAUAAGGUUCAGCACACUUGGAGAGAGCAUUAAUGGGCAGCCCGUAAGAGCACUUCAGCUCCUUUCAAAGAGUAACUUACAUAUUGCAAAGUUCUGGAUGUAAUAUUCUUUAAUUAAUAGUGCUGAUCAUGUUCCCUCCUUAUUUGCAGAAUGCUUUACGUUCAUGGGUGUUGACUCAAGGGAUCAUUCAGCUUCUUUUAUUAAGUAUCAGAUGUAUAGCAGUUUACAUCAUUGGAGUUUCUCCUCUGGUUUAGAUCCAAAGACAUAAUUAGCCAGCCUUAAUGCUUGCUUCUUAGUAAUACUGUUAUGAAAUAAAAGCUUCUUAGGUAGAAGCUUCCUUAAUAGAUAAAGCAAAGGCCUUUUCUUAAUCAGUACAUUACUUAAGAGAAUAUUAAUCAAAUAGUUAAGUAAAACAUAGCUUUUAAAAUAUAGCCCUUUGAUCUUAAGAAUAUGUAAGAGUACUAAUUUCCGAUAACACAUACCUUAAAUCAGCUGACGUUUUAGGAGUUAAUUCUUAGGAGUUAAUUUCACAUAUUGGAAUAUUGAAAAAUAAACAAAUACAAAUGUAAUGUGAAUAUAUUUAGAGGGUUUGGCACAUGCCUUGGCUGGAAAGACAAUUAGGAUGACCUGGAAGAAAAGGAUCAAAACAAGUAUUUCCAUAAAAUUGAAUAUGAGGUUUUUCAGCAACAUCAGUGCUAUACUUCUUUAGGACACUUGGUACCCAUGCCCAGGUAUUACCUACCAUUUCUUUAAUGCCACUAGAAAAAAAAAAGAUAGAUUUUUUUUUUUAAAGCUAAUAGAUUUUUAAAAAUCCUUUUGAAGUCUUUCUGGAGUAACAGGAAAAACUGAUGCAAAGGCGAAGAGCAAACAGAAUGACUUAAUGGAAAUCAAGCAACAAGCCUAAGGGAAAAAUAGGUUUGGAACCGAAAAUAAAUUGAACAUAUAACACCUCUCCAUUUUGUUCCCUUUUCUUUUUGUUUUUCGUGAGAAUCUAUAUUUAUGGAAAAGUCAGUUGAUUGCUUAUCAGGCUGAAGCUUGUGUUUGCUCAGACUAGCGAUAAUGAGCAAUAAAAAGAGGUGGGAAUGGCUGAAGUCUGGGGAGAUGGAAUCAGGAGAAAUAGGGGCUCAGGAGAGUUUUCAGGAUCUGCGUUUUGAAAGCUCUGUAAUCACCCCUUGGGCUGUUAUGUUCGUUGGAGGGGUUAGGGUAAGGAUCUGUGUGAUGAGUAUGGGGGAUUUCCAGGCAAGCUGGAGAGUCUGCUGACUCUGGGGAAGGGCUCCCAGUCAUUACCUAGUUACAGCCCUGUGCUCAGGUUGACAAGUGAUUGAAGCCUUGCUUCUGGAAGUAUGGCCCACCAACCAGCAUCAUUAGCAUCACCUGAGAGCUUAUUAGAAAUGCAGAUGCUCAGGCCCCACACCAGACCAACUGGGGAUGAGUCUAUAUUUUAACAAGGCGAUUGGUGCACACAUUGGUGUUUGAGAGGCAUUGGUCCAAAGGACACGUGGACAUGAGAUAUGAGGAUAUGUGGAGUGUGGGGUGCAAAAAUGGAGUUGUCUUAGAAAAAAAGGGGAACAAACUAUUUUUAGACAGCUAGCUAACAGCAUUGCAGGGAUGUGAUGGUAUUUGUUGGUAGUUUAUCUUUCAAGAUAUAAAACAAUCAGAGUGUCUCGGGGAAGUGGUUAACUUGGACCUUGACAUGCUUGUACCUGUGGAGUCAUGGGAACCCAGUAUUUGCCUCAUAGCCCCAAGGCCACGUAGGCAAAUGGCGCUGAGGUGAGAGAGCUGGUGAUAAGAAGAGUGACACUAAUCUCAGUGGCCUUUAGGAUUACGGCUAGCCUCAGGUUUCAGACCUUUGACUCCAGUAAACUAAGACUCUGCCCUUGGUUUCCAGCACAUACUUAUGAUUGAAAUGAUUUCUCAUUUUCUUAAAUCUUCCUGCUUCCAAAAUGCUUUGCUGCCUUUACAAACAACCUGAAUUGUCCUAACAACCUCACAGGAUAGCUCAGUACUGUGUCCCCCUAAUUCUAAAAGGCAAAUGAGGAUUUAUUUCUACCAUCACCCCUGCAGUUUUGAUGGACUGCAGAACUGGAUGGGGCCAAGAAGUCUCCCCUUUCAGAGCAGGUUUUCACCACAUCUGAGUGGCAUCUCCAGUCCUACAUGGAGAGACGAGGUCAGCCUUUGUCUCUACUUUCCCACUCUGAGCUGCCAUUUUCCAGUGCAACCACGUCCAUUAGGUAGCACAUGAAUAAGCCUGGGACAUAGUUUCCUGUAACAGUGGAGGGUGAGGCUGCAGAUAAACCCUCUCCACAUCACCUUUUAUGCCAAAGUCUAAAAGCAAUAAAUACCAACUUAGAGAAACAUUGACUAGAAAUGAUGAUAUCACAGUAAUGACAAAUCCGUUUUUGUCCUUGUAACAUUUUGAUAUAAUGAUCUCAGUCCUGCUUGGCAGGCAGACUCCAUUCUGAGGGUCGUGGGAGGCCUGUCCUGAGAAGUACACAAGGAAACUGCAAACCACAUCCGUGCCCUAGAUCGUGCCUGACCCCACGCUCGGGAAGGAGGACUGGGAAGGAGACUCCUCAGUGAUCCCAGAAACCAACUCUGAUAAGGAAGGGCCACCCGUAGUGACAGCGGUUGGAAGGAGUGCCUUCAACAGUAAUAACCCAGAAGUGUAAAUACGUUGCUGAAAGAAGGACUAGUGUCUGUUCCCAGCUUUUCCAGUACACAAGUUAUUUCUUGGAAACAUUAGGGAAUGUUUCCCUAAUGAGAAUUCUUUUUUUCCUAUCUCUACCAAGGUGCAUUUAAUCUGCAUGAGAAAUGCAGCAGAGAACAUUGACAGUCAUGUAAUCAAAGACCCACCAAUGUGUUUUAAGAGCUGCCACAAAGAUUAAAGAACUUAAAUGGAGAAGUAAAGGAGAAGAGAAAACAUUCGAAGUCUACCACAAACAGGAAAAGCGCGAGUUUGGGCAGGAAUGUAAGCAAAUUGGAGACUUCAUCAGGAGCAAUGAGGCUUGACCACAUUAUCUAAACCCAUCUGUUUGCCUUAUCAUUAUUGUCCCAUUGGCUUCUUUUUCUUCUUCCAGCACAAACUCCUGUCGGCAUGUGGGUGUGGUAUUGUUGCUACCUAAUCUGGAUUAAACAGCCCUGGAAGGUCGGAAACUAGUCAGAUUAUAAUCCUUUGGAGAAGAUCUAAUGCUUCCCCCAUGUUGAUCAGUCUUGACCAUUCUGAAUUAAACAAUGAAAUUCUUGGCCUCAUUUAAAAAUGUAACAAGUCUAAAUGUUGAGGAUAAGCUUUGUUUUUACAUUAGCAGACAUUUCUAUGUAGCCUGUUAUGUUUCAAGAAUAAUGAGAAUUAUUCCAGGAAGAAAAAAGUAUUUUCAGCAGAAACUAAAUCAAGAGAAAAAAGAAAGAUUGAGAUAUAUCUGUGGUUCUGAGGACUACCUCAGAAAACGUGAGAGUAGAGUGGUUCCAAGUGGGAGAGAACCUCUUCUGAACUGGGUCAUUUUGCUCACAUGCUACAUAAGAGGAAGCAGGGGGAGGGGGUUUUACCAAACCCAGGGAUCUUGUAAGAGUUUUCCAGAAACACUAAGUAAAAUUUAAUUCAUAAUGAAAUAGAAAGGCAGCACUUCUCUGACUUAAAGGAAUUCAGUUAUAGUCAUAACAGAAAACCAAUCCUCCUCCCAUAGAAGUUGAAAAAUGGAAUUGACAUCAUCUUGAAAGAGAAAAGCUGGUAUUUUCUGAGCUCAAGGGGAAAAAACCCUUCAAUUUUGUGAUAUGCUGCUUGGGCUUUGUGAGUAUUCAAAUAGACCUACAUUCGCAGAAUCUCAGUGUUACAAAUGGAAAAUGUUGCUAUCUCCAAAAUGACAAAAAGGAUCAGGGAGAAGGUUCAAGCGGUGCUGAAGCAGCAGCCUCUGGAAGUAAACAAGAUCGUUGGCAGCCCAGAGAAAUGAAGACAUGGAGAGUGAACUAGGUAGUUCUGCGCGGAAGAGGCUCCACUGCCCUCGCUUCCUUGCUCUUUGUACCCUUCAGCCACAGACACUUCCUGUUUCUCCAAUGUGACGCAGGAACCAGCUUUAUUUAGAGUUUAAAGUGAUGACAACCCCCGUAGGUUUUGCCCCGAUCUGCUAGUGUCUGCAAAUAGUCAAACUUCACCUUAAAAGAAAUCCAGAUUCUUGUGGAAUCUUAGAAGAGUAUGAUACUUGCCUUUAAAAGUUUUCUCUUUUUCAGUUUCUCUGAUGCAGGAGUCCUAAGGACCUGUGCUGCUUUUAAAUUCCCUGCAGUCUAAAGUAAAUGAGAGGGGAGAAAGCAAGUGGGUCCUGAACCCUAUUAAUGCAAGAUGAAGGUACAGUCAGGGUCCUAUGAAAAAAAAAGGCCAUUGAAAAUGCUAUCUGUAUGUAAAGAGGUUUGGGAGAGGUCUCCUGGGAAUGAAAAGGACAAGGCAAAUACUGAGUGUCCUUUAGAAGAUACUUUAUUUCUCAAAGAAGGAUCCAGAUUUCUGACUUAUAGAAACACCAGAAUACUGGUCACUUAUGGUCGCAGCUCCAGCGGCGCAUGCCUCCUGGACCUUACACGAUUUGGUUGGCAAAUAACAACAGCAAAGGAUAUAAGAAAUGAUGACCUCAAACUCUCUAUCCAAAGUCUUUAAAAAAAUUUCACACCAAUUCCUGUCUCUCAGAUGAAGAUGGAAUACAAAGAGACUGAAUUCUUGAUGUCUCUGCAGGCUGCCCUCCCAGCAGCAGAGACAGAAUCCUCAGAAAACACAGAGAAGAAAACAAAUGGGCAACCACCAGUGCAUUUCCCAAGAUAUAACAUGUGCUUCUGCACACGAGACUGCUUAACUGGAUAAAUAAAGCAUCUUAAAGAACUAAAGGUUUUCUUCUGCCCUAGAUACCCAUUCAUGUGUAAGAUGUUACCAAGUUCACUCUAACUAUUAAUUAGUGUUUGAACUUGUAAUGACAAUACGCAAGCUUGAUACUGACAGAAUGAACUUGUGUGGGUGGCCUCUUAGCAUAGGAACAUGCACAGUAAUUAACCCUUUAUUUAGUCAUGUUAGUCCGGGGUUGUUGCCUUUUAAGAAUAUUACUUUCAAAUAUCCUUGAGUGCUAGUUAUCAUUAAAAAAUAAAUAAUAGUUUUGGUGACUCUCCUUUCCCCCUCCCCCACAUACAAUAGAUAUAAGAGGACUUCUGAAAACUAACACAACAGGUUUAGAUAAAAGAUCUGUGGUGUUAAUUUGAGUUCUUAUUUUGAGUAUUUAAAAUGCAAUGGACACAGGGAUCAUCGCUAAUUAGCAUUUUGUGUAGCCAGGCCAGCAUGUGAUUCAACUGUUAUUGUGUUCCCCCUCCACCCCCACCACCCAUCACAGCUGAUCCGCAUGAAUGUUAUCAAGCAUUUGCAGCCUGAGAAAGACAAGAUCCAGAUCUGACUCCUUUAUUUUUCCACAAUUAGUAUCAAGUGGGGCAGAACAUUCUCCACCAUAAGUCAUUUACAUUGUCAUAUUAAUAUUAUCAUGCUUGUGAAUUUUAUUGUCUUGGGAUGGAUUGAGAGCUUUGACAUCAAUUCAGUGUUGUUAAUGGGAAAUAUUAUUUGCACAAGAUUUUUUCCUGUCUGCAAUCAGCCAUGCAGAAAUAUACUGUCAUCGAAGUGCCAAAAGAUGCUGAUCUGAAGUAGAAGUCGUUGGCUGGUAUUGGUGCCAGUCAGAUGAGAAUAAACUGCCAAGGAAGACACAAGUGAAAAAUGAUAGUUCAGGCCAAGUUUUUUUUUUUCUCUCUCUCUCACUCUUGAAAUUAGGUAUAUAACACAUGCAUACACAUAACAUCAGUCUCUAUGAAAUAUGAGGGAUGCCUGAUUAUAAGCAAACAGGGAAUCUUUGGGAAAAACUCAUGCAACUUCAUGCCCUAGUCCCUUAACUUGACAUAUCAUGGUUCUGAUAGUGAGAGAUUAACGUGAUGUGUGGGAAUGACAAGGGACUCCAUUUCUUCUAGGUUUCAGAGUAUGACAGGGGCUGGGCCCUCCCAGGAGGAGUAACUGGAAACAGAAGCUAUAGCCAGAAAUCAAGACGUCUUUGUGAACACCUGAAGCAGAAGUUUAUCCAGGAAUACAGACCUCCCAUAUGGUGGAGACAACACACAGGCAUGGGGCAGAAGAUGGCCCCUGUGCUGCCAAGCUUGUAAUGAUGACAAAGUCAUUCUAUAUAUCUAGUUUAGUUUAAGAUACAUUGGGAAGAACAAUUGAUGUGUCCAAUGACCUAAAUAAUUAAAAUUUUACACAAAAAUCAAGAGGUUAAGAAAGUCCAGGACAGAAGUAAAAUAAAAACUAAAAUAUAAAGUAUCUUGACUUCAAAGACCCUGUAAAUCAUUUCACUUGAGCAUCUCCCACUGAUGGAGAUGGUGCUAACAAUUCUAGUAGUGAAAAUCAAGGUAUUGAAGGAAAUCCAUCAGUUAUUUUAUAUGUUUUUGCAUGAUAUGAGGGUAAUUAAUCAGGCACAAAUUAAAGAAAGGCCAUACCUGUCAGCAUUAGAGGAAUUAUUAAAAUGUAUUGCAAUGAAAGAUACAAGGUUACCAUAUUAGAAUAUUGGGAGCCAUUUCUUUGAAGGAUAACCUAAGAGUAUGGAUGGCAGCUCUGCACACUGCCCAGCACAGCUGCCCGGACAGGACAGUUCUUACAAGUCAUGACUAUCAAUGAUUUCUUUUGUUCUUGGAUUGCAAAACAGGGAGAAUGCUUUUCAUAGCAUGUCAGAUUAUACGCAUAUUCAGUAGUCUACAGAUCUUUAACAGCUUUAGAAUUAGGAAUAUGUGACAUAAAUUUCGGAAAGAAAACUAUAAAAAUAAAUAAACAGACAAAAACUACGAAAGCAAGCAAAUAUCGCCUCCAGCUAUAGGAAGCAGAACGACCACACAACGCUUGCCCAGACUAUCACAGCGAAAACCCUAAUGUCGAAAGUUGUCUAGUGCUGAAUAAAGAAAUGCUGUUUGUUCUAACUUCCAGACCUGGGGGCAAUGGGUUGUGGUACAUAAGGAUAAGGUGUAGAUGUUUAAAAUUAUACCUUAUAUAUAACCAAGAACAAUUUGCUUGAUUGCAGAACACAUGAUUGAAAAUGAUAUUUUCUUAGUUGCUAUGAAUGACUUCCAUCUAAAAAUAUUGCCAACUCUAAGAAUAUAUUUACAAAAAAGGAAAAUGGUUAAAUAAACAUGUAAAGGCAAAGAAGAAAAAGAAAACUCUAGAAAAUACAUAGGAAAUUGCAAAGUAGUUGGACGCCUCUGAGGUGGGAUAGGCUGGGAGUGUUGUAUGCUGGGGUUUGAGAUUAGGGGUGAUAGUCAAGUGGGAAUUUAGCUUUUUCUAUAAUGUUUGUUUUAUUUAUGUCUUUAUUUUUGCCAUGAGAAGAUCGUCAUGCACUGUUUGUAUAAUUACUAUAAGUACAUGAAAAGCAGCUAUUAAGUAUAUUCUAACAGAUACAUAACCGGUUAAAUAAGAUAACAGACAAAAAUGUUAUAAACUGUUGUUGGAAGCAAAGGCACAUUUAAGAACACUAACUAAAAUUCUGUUCCUCGGAAGAGAACUGUGCUGGGAACUCAUGUCAAAUGGUAGAGCUAGAAGAACAGACUAUGAAGGACCUGAAAGAAAGUCAUUAUGCCAACACUCUGGGUGGCUCCACAUGUGUGAGGUUGACAUCUCAGGACAGUAAGUGGCAUUGCAUCUUGGCCAUCAGGACACCCACUAUCAGAAAAAAAAAUUUUAAAUGCUCAGCAAUAAGUUAUUUAGAGGAAGAUAAAACGUUUGCAAAGAAUCAAUAAACGCCUGUUACUAACUUUGGAAAAAACAAACUCAAACCAUUGAGCCCACGUAGAUGGAUAAGAGGUAUAAUACUCAUGUGCAAAGACGGCAGAUUGUUCUUCCUACAAAGCAUUUGACCUAAGUUUUUAAGAGCAGAUAAAGCAAUUAGACGUUUUGCUUGUAUGACCUGCCUGCAUUUAUUCCCCAUAUGCUUAGUCAUAAACCUUUGUGGCUAUUUUUUAUGUCCUCCCUGUUAUUUUUUUCCCUUUUUUCUAAACGUAUUAAAAUUCCUAAGAAGGUGAAAAUACUACUACUACUUCAAAUAGCAACGAUCACAGUAACCAACAUUUAUUUAGUGCUUGCUAUUUGCUCACUUAAUCUGUGCAGCAACCCUAAAGGCAUGUGUUCCUAUUAACCCCAUUUUUUAGUUAAAUCAGUUGAGAUUCUGAAGAACAAAAGAAUUUUUCCCUCAGUCACACAGCUGGAAAACAACAGUGCUGGGGGAUCGAGUCUAGACUGGACUGAAGGCAAAACCUAAAAUCGGGUCUCCACUGAGCCCUAAACGCUGUCUCCGAUGCGGGGUAGUGUGGAAGUACCAGGACGUCUUCCCUCAGGGGUGUUCAGAACUGAUUUAUUUAUAAAGUAUCUGUGUGUCUUUGGGUAAGUCACUUAACCUCCCCAGGAAAGCAGGCUGCUUCUCUGGAGAUUGAGGUGUUGCAGGAGAUGCUCUCCUGGCUCUACGUUUUCUGUGCUCCAGUUUCUGUCACCACACUACUUUCCAGAAAUGUAUUGAUUCUGAAUACAUGCUGUAGUUUCCUAUUGUGGUUCUCUGCAAGUGAGCAUGUGUGUGUGUGUGUGUACGUCUGUGUAUGUGAGAUUGUUGCCAAAAGAUUUUCAUCAAAACACAGGAGUCAAAAUACUUACCUUCUAACUGCAGUUGGAGCUGCUCCUGUCUAGGUAGGUGUUCCAGAUACCGGGCUGCUCUUAUUAUGGACUUGAUUUUAAGGAACGCCUAUUCCUUUUUUUUCACACAUGCUAAUACAGUGUCCCUCUUGCCUCUGCUAAUAGCCCAUGAGUCUUGAACUUGGAGCCAGAAAAGUACUUCCUUUGUAAAGCACAAAAGAACACCAGUUUUUUUUUUGUUUUUUUUUUUAUCACACGAGGCCUGAAUAAAGAGCUCUCCGACCGUUCAGAGGCUGCUUGCAUUGUGCAGCUGCUCCUUGACUGCUGAGAACAUCUCGCCGCUGACAAUGCCGUACCUGGAGGAAACACUGCACAGGGAGCUAUUCAGGAGUUGCAGGACUGGGAUUUUUGCCAGUGUCCUCUGAAAGAUCGGGGGCCUUUUUUCUUGGUCAAACCCUGAUAAGCAUAUUGCAGUUCGUUGUUGUUUGGUGGUUGUUUGCCUGCCAGUGUUUGUUUCACAAUUUUAUUGCAAUGAUGUCUUCCCAACAUGCUGGCACUUAGUUAUUUUUUCUUUUCCUGUUUUGGUCCCACCUCCAUGAAAUGUACAGUGAGCCUUUGAUUGGUCAUAGUCCAUUCCCAGUUAGCAAUGCAUCACUGUGUGGACUGAGUUCCCAUGACUUUGGCUCUCUAGGACAAUGUCUCUUUCUUCACCAAGCUGAUGGUAAAUAUCUGGUCAGCCUCAUCUAUUUAAAACCAGCCAAGCAGGAAUCCUAGUGCUGGGGAGAGGAUUCUUUUGUUUGUUUGGUGAAGUAGAGAAAUAAAGUCUGCCCGCUGAACUACUAUGAGGUCAGAAGCCUUGCUGCUAUAUUUCACACUGCUACACUUUGCUGGGGCUGGUUUCCCAGAAGAUUCUGAGCCAAUCAGUAUUUCGCAUGGCAACUAUACAAAACAGUAUCCGGUGUUUGUGGGCCACAAGCCAGGACGGAACACCACACAGAGGCACAAACUGGACAUCCAGAUGAUUAUGAUCAUGAAUAGAACCCUCUACAUUGCUGCUAGGGACCAUAUUUAUACUGUUGAUAUAGACACCUCACACACAGAAGAAAUUUAUUGUAGCAAAAAACUGACAUGGAAAUCUAGACAGGCUGACGUAGACACAUGCAGAAUGAAGGGAAAACAUAAGGAUGAGUGUCACAACUUUAUUAAAGUCCUUCUAAAGAAAAACGAUGAUACUUUGUUUGUCUGUGGAACGAACGCUUUCAACCCUUCCUGCAGAAACUAUAAGAUGGAUACUUUGGAACCUUUUGGGGAUGAAUUUAGUGGAAUGGCCAGAUGCCCUUAUGAUGCCAAACAUGCCAACGUUGCACUGUUUGCAGAUGGAAAACUAUACUCGGCCACAGUGACUGACUUCCUUGCCAUCGAUGCAGUCAUUUACCGGAGUCUGGGAGACAGCCCAACCCUACGGACCGUCAAGCAUGAUUCAAAAUGGUUGAAAGAACCAUACUUUGUCCAAGCAGUGGAUUAUGGAGACUAUAUCUACUUCUUCUUCAGGGAAAUAGCGGUGGAGUACAACACCAUGGGAAAGGUAGUUUUCCCAAGAGUGGCUCAGGUUUGUAAGAAUGACAUGGGAGGGUCUCAAAGAGUCCUGGAGAAACAGUGGACAUCUUUCCUCAAGGCUCGCCUGAACUGCUCAGUUCCCGGAGACUCUCAUUUUUAUUUCAACAUACUCCAGGCUGUUACAGACGUGAUUCAUAUUAAUGGCCGUGACGUUGUCCUGGCAACCUUUUCCACACCUUAUAACAGCAUCCCUGGGUCUGCAGUUUGUGCCUAUGACAUGCUUGACAUUGCCAAUGUUUUUACUGGAAGAUUCAAAGAACAGAAGUCUCCAGAUUCCACCUGGACACCAGUUCCUGAUGAACGAGUGCCUAAGCCCAGGCCAGGUUGCUGUGCUGGCUCAUCCUCCUUAGAAAAAUAUGCAACCUCCAAUGAGUUUCCUGAUGAUACCCUGAACUUCAUCAAAACGCACCCGCUCAUGGACGAGGCUGUGCCUUCCAUAAUCAACAGGCCAUGGUUCCUGAGGACAAUGGUCAGAUACCGCCUGACCAAAAUUGCCGUGGACACCGCUGCUGGGCCCUAUCAGAAUCACACUGUGGUUUUCCUGGGAUCAGAGAAGGGAAUCAUCUUGAAGUUUUUGGCCAGGAUAGGAAACAGUGGUUUCCUAAAUGACAGCCUUUUCCUGGAGGAGAUGAGCGUUUACAACCCUGAAAAGUGUAGCUAUGAUGGAGUAGAAGACAAGAGGAUUAUGGGCAUGCAACUGGACAAAGCAAGCAGUUCUCUGUAUGUUGCAUUCUCCACCUGUGUGAUCAAAGUUCCCCUUGGCCGGUGUGAACGACAUGGGAAGUGUAAAAAAACCUGUAUCGCCUCCAGAGACCCAUAUUGCGGGUGGGUAAAGGAAGGAGGUUCCUGUGCCCACCUGUCACCCGGCAGCAGACUGACUUUUGAACAGGACAUAGAGCGUGGCAAUACAGAUGGCCUGGGGGACUGUCACAAUUCCUUCGUGGCACUGAAUGACAUUUCAACUCCUCUACCAGAUCAUGAAAUGUCUUACAACACAGUAUAUGGGCACUCCAGUUCCCUCUGGCCCAGCACCACCACGUCAGAUUCGGCGGCUCAAGAGGGGUAUGAGUCUAGGGGAGGAAUGCUGGACUGGAAGGAUCUGCUCGAUUCACCUGACAGCACAGACUCUUUGGGGGCAGUGUCUUCCCAUAAUCACCAAGACAAGAAGGGAGUGAUACGGGAAAGUUACCUCAAAGGCCACGACCAGCUCGUUCCUGUCACCCUCUUGGCCAUUGCGGUGAUUCUGGCUUUUGUCAUGGGGGCCGUCUUCUCCGGCAUCAUCGUCUAUUGCGUCUGCGAUCACCGGCGCAAAGAUGUGUCGGCCGUGCAGCGCAAGGAGAAGGAGCUCGCCCACUCGCGCCGGGGCUCCAUGAGCAGCGUCACCAAGCUCAGCGGCCUCUUUGGGGACACCCAGUCCAAAGACCCGAAGCCAGAGGCCAUCCUCACACCACUCAUGCACAACGGCAAGCUCGCCACUCCCAGCAACACGGCCAAGAUGCUCAUCAAGGCUGACCAGCACCACCUGGACCUGGCAGCCUUGCCCACCCCCGAGUCCACCCCGACGCUGCAGCAGAAGCGGAAGCCCAGCCGCGGCAGCCGCGAGUGGGAAAGGAAUCAGAACCUCAUCAAUGCCUGCACCAAGGACAUGCCCCCCAUGGGCUCCCCUGUGAUUCCCACGGACCUGCCCCUCCGGGCCUCCCCCAGCCACAUCCCCAGCGUGGUGGUCCUGCCCAUCACGCAGCAGAGCUACCAGCAUGAGUAUGUGGACCAACCCAAAAUGAGCGAGGUGGCCCAGAUGGCGCUGGAGGACCAGGCGGCCACCCUGGAGUAUAAGACCAUCAAGGAACAUCUCAGCAGCAAGAGCCCCAACCAUGGGGUGAACCUUGUGGAGAACCUGGACAGCCUGCCCCCGAAAGUCCCCCAGCGGGAGGCCUCGCUGGGCCCUCCGGGAGCCUCCCUGUCUCAGAACGGCCUGAGCAAGCGGCUGGAGAUGCACCACUCCUCCUCCUACGGCCUUGACUAUAAGAGGAGCUACCCCACGAACUCGCUCACGAGAAGCCACCAGGCCACCACUCUCAAAAGAAACAAUACUAACUCCUCCAAUUCCUCCCACCUCUCCAGAAACCAGAGCUUUGGCCGGGGUGACAACCCGCCUCCCGCCCCGCAGAGGGUGGACUCUAUCCAGGUGCACAGCUCGCAGCCGUCUGGCCAGGCCGUGACUGUGUCAAGGCAGCCGAGCCUCAACGCCUACAACUCACUGACCAGGUCGGGGCUGAAGCGCACCCCCUCGCUAAAGCCGGACGUACCCCCCAAACCUUCCUUUGCUCCCCUUUCCACAUCCAUGAAGCCCAAUGAUGCGUGUACAUAAUCCCAGGGGGAGGGGUCAGGUAUGGAACCAGCAGGAAAGGCGAGGCGCCCGCUCAGCUCGGCAAGGUUCUCAACUGCCUGAGGACCCACCAGACCAGGAUGGCCGGCAAAGCCCAGGACGCUGGGGCCUCCUCUGGGACGCGGGGUCCUCUCCAAAAUUGGGCCGUGUGGUUUGGUGAAGGUUUGCGGCGCGGGACUCACCUCCAUUCUCUCCCUUCACUCUCCCCCACACCCUGCAACAGGUCGGACUCACAAAAGACUUAAAUUAUCAUCACAAACAUGAGCCAAAAGCACAUACACACCCACCCCCACACACACACACACACACACACACACACACACACACAGAGGUGAACAGCAACUGCAACAUUUUGUCCAUGACUGCACGGGGCGCUGCCAGACUGGGCUAGCGUUCUGACCUGCAAAACACAAAUACAUUUUAAAAAAUCAUGAAAAUGAAAAAGACAAAAAAAUAAAGAAUUCAUUGAUAAUUCUAACUCAGACUUUAACAAUGGCAGAAGUUUACUAUGCGCAGAUACUGUGAAAUGCCCACCAGUGUUACAGCUUUCUGUUAUAGCAGAUUCAUGCCAUGUUGGGCAACUAUGUCAUAGAUUUCUGCUCCUCCUCUCUUUUAAUGAAAUAACGUGACCGUUAACGCAAGUAACUCUUUAUUUAUUGUUCACCCUUUUUUUCCUUAAGGAAAGGACUCUUCCACAUACCACCCUAUGAACAGCUCUUCAGAAAGCCCCUUGAAAGUUAAACUAUUUAACGUGAAAUCCAUUAACUGGAAUAAUUAAGUUUCUUUAUUUUUACAAUAAAUUCACUGAGUAAAUAAGUUGGAGCUGGAAUUCUGAGCUUUGUGUUUGAACUGUCUGAUCUCUAGCUCAAGGAAAAAGGAGGGGAAUGUUUAUUUAAAUCUACCGGUUGAUUGGCUGGUCAGGUCUCUGGCCUAUAACAUGCAAAAAAUUAAUUGGUUUAAAAGUCCUUCCAGAUCCUAACUUCUAAAGCAACCAGGAGAGGAACUUUCAAAAUGGCGCAUCCGUGUCCUGUUGCUGCCAACAUGGCUUUGUCAGUGGUUCCUACUUUCUGUGAAGGCACCAGCUUGUGAUACGCCAUCCCAUUUCACCUUGCAUGUGAGACAGCAAACAAAAUCCACAAACGGUGUGAACUAGUUAAUAUGCUGGCUGCUACCUUGCAUAAAUUAAUGGUUUGAUCACACGGGUUUAUCGUGGGGUUACAUCUGUGAAUAGCCUGUUUUCCACAUGUAAAUUUGUGCCUUACACCCUGAGUUGUGUACACUUGUAAACUGUCGUUAUGAGAAGGUUUUUCCCCCUUUUGAAAUAAAUGCAGAUAUUUAUUUAACCCUCCCUCCCCCCACCCCCAUUCCAGCCUUCUGGAAGAUGAGCAUCCAGCAGAUGGAAGAAGAAUGCGGUGGUGAUCCUGCAGCCUGGGAAAGCUGGGCAGCAGCACACCCUCCAAUUCACACUUCCUUCUAGUCGUGCCAACUCCAACCACCCUUGGCCAUGCUGUCAGGCGUGGACCCCAGUGUUGUGUGUGGCAAAUCCCCUUUCUCCCUCCGGAGCUCCCUGUUUCCCUUUUAUUCUCAGAUCAUUUCAACAUGGUGAUAUCCUCUUUAGCCCGCAGAAAAGGGACUAACUGAAUGUCCCAGUCCUCAUUUCUGCCAUGUCCCCUGGCUGGAGAGCAAGCUGUGUGUGGUUGGGCAGGCACCUGGGAGGAGUCUCCAAGCCGUGUGCUCAGCACCUCCAUGCAAUGCACACAAAGAAAUGACAUGGAAAUAGAUGCAGGCAGGCUGGUCCCUGCUGUGAUUAAUGAGUAACUCCAAGUACAAGGCCGACCACAAUGGAUGCUGCAAAAACGUUGACUGGGGCAAAAGAUUUUUAAUUUCUUUAUCCUUUUGUCGUUACUGUUUGUAGGGGGGUGGGGUGGGGCGUGUGUUUCCCCCUUGGUUUGUUUUCGUUAAGCUCAAGCACACAGGAGGGACUUUUGUUUACUCUAUCACGAACAAAAGAAUUGUCAACAUACUGUAAACCAUGAGCGUUGUUGUUGGUUGUUAUUUUUUUUUAAACAGUUAAACAGUAGAGUGACUGGUCUCUUUGUCUUUUUUUAUUUCCAGUUUUAUCUUCUGGGUUUAGUUUUGUCUUUUAAAAGAAACUUUCCAAAAAAAGACAACUUUGGACAAUUUUGAGUUGGCUGGUGAAAAAGUGGCGCCUCCGUAAUCAGCGAGACCUGGGUAGCGAGGGCAGGAGCACACCCUUUUGUUUCAAAUGUCCCUUGCAGUUUUGCUGUUGUUCGGGGCAGGUUUUUGUUGUUUUUGUGUUAUUUUGUUUUGUUCGUGGAAUCAAUGUUCACAUCCUGUGAACUCUGUACCCUGAAACCAUGAAGUCUUUUCUAGAAACCCAGAUAGUGUUUUUUCCCUUGGAUUUUCUUUAGAAAUGCAGAGCAUAGGAAGGCAAUGGGUGUGUAUCAGCCUGCUGCCUUCUCCCCCAAUUCUGACUCCUAAGAGUAUUGACGGUGCAGCGCCCCCUCUCGUCUGUAUGUGGGCAUCAUUGCCUCAGCCGUGUUAUGGAGACCUGUGUCAGAACUUCCAUCCUGCCUCCCUACCUCCCACGACCCAUCACUUGCGGUGUUAACACUAAAAUGCCCACAUGUAUUGAGCUGGUCUUCUGCAUUUAAGUAUUGUUCCCCUUUUCUUUUUUUCCCCACUGUGUUUGGGGGGAGGGUCCGUAAACCUGAGUGUGCCUUUGCUUUCCACCCUUGCUAGACACUGGUAGACGCAACCAACUCAGAUUUAUAUUUGUUGUAAAGCUGUAAAAAUAUUGUGAUGUCACCAAUUUUCCUUCCAUCUCCACAUCCCCUAACAUCUGAUUCACGACUUAAUGUAUGUUGUAAAAAAGAAAAAAAGAAUCGAAAAAAAGGGAAAAAAGACAAAAAAAGCAAGGAAAAGGCUCUUUAUUACUUAAAAGUAAUAAAACAAGACUUCAA